ACGUGACGUCACUUCGGGAUCGUACUGGCCCCCGCAUUCACAGACACUCCAACCGACUGGAGGGAUGUAAAAACUAUAUCUAUAUAUUUAUCUUCAUAUGUGUCUGUGUCCUAAAGAUAAAAGUACACAUAUUUCUGGUUCUAAGGGAGAACUUAAAACGAUACCGGUGCGGGUAAAACACCUUUUAACGGGACGUUGUCCGUUUGUCUCAGACGAUGUAGUAGCUCACGUUUUGGCGAUAGCGAGCUAGCUAGCGAGCGUUAGCAUUGUGCGCAUCGGAGUCCCCGGCUGAAUGUGAGCACAAAGGCGGCGACGCCCGGACGCCUCCUGUCGGAACCAUGUACCCUUCGUGGGGGAACUAUGGGGCGCCCGGCCCGCGAAAGCUGCAGGUCGGAGGCCACACGGGGUCCCCGACGAGUUUCGGCUCCUUGCAGGCCUCGUCGAGCGGCUCCAUGUUCUCGAGCCUGCAGGAGCAGCACCGCCAGCAGAUGCAGCAGCUCCAGAUGCUCCACCAGAAGCAGCUCCAGAACGUGCUCCACCACGGCGGCCCGCCGGCGGCCUACGGCGCCGGCGGGCCCCCGGGUGGAUACUCUGCGCCGGCGUGGCAUUCGACGGAAGCGGCCCCGUUGGAUCGAAGCGGCGGGACGCAGUCGCACAUAAAGGGAGACGGCGUCGCGAUACCGCCGGAGCACUCGCAGCCCCCGCUUCCUCCACAGCCGCACAAGAUUGACGCCAAACCGGCUCCUCCUCCGCCCGAGCACCAGUCAGCGAAACCUCCGGAGGCCAACGCUGCUCCAAAAGCAAAUGACUCACUCGUUAAAGACAAGGACAGCUCCAAUCUGCAGGAUCAGCAGCAACUUUGGUACAAGCAGCAUCUGGAGAAUCUGCAGAAGCUGAAGCAAGAGAAAGCCAAGCAGAAUCCAAAUCAUGCCGACCCCCCCAACAGCCACGCCGUGCAGCCGCCUCUUCCGUCCGAGCCUCCCAAAGGUGCGCUGCCUCCGCCCCCACCCAAGGAGGAGCAACCGGCUCCGCCUCCACCACCCGAGCCGGACAAAAAGCAAGACCCGGAGGAGGCGGCCCGACUCCAGCAGCUGCAGGCUGCGGCGGCUCAGUGGCAGCAGGUUCAGCAGCAGAGAGUCAGCUUGCACUAUCAGGCUCUGAUGCGGCAGCAUGAAAAGCUUCAGCAGAUACUCGAAAAGUAUCAGCCGCUCAUUCAGCAGCCUGCAAACCUCCAGUCAAUGUCAGCCGAGGUGCAGCUGAGGCAUUACGAAGUGCAGAAGCAGCAGUUCACCCCUCUUUUCCAAGAGUGGGAGCUCACCUUCAGGCUGUGGUUCGAGCAGUUCCAAACCUACCCGCACAAAGACCAGCUGCAUGACUAUGAGAACCAGUGGAAGCAGUGGCAGGAUCAGAUGAAUGCCACCAAUGCCCACAUUCAGGAGACCAUCGCCACCCUCACCGCCAUGGUGCCGUACGCCGCCAUGCAGUAUAACAGUGCGGCUAUGGGGCCGUAUGGCGCUUACCCCGGACAAGGCAUGCGAAUGCCGCCGCCGCCGACGAAUCAGCCGCCGCCACCGUUGAGUCAGCCGCCGCCACCGUUGAGUCAGCCGCCGCCGGUGACUCAGCCACAAAUGAAUCAGCCGCCGCCACCAACGCCUCCUUCGGUUGCUGUCGGUCCCGCCUCGCAAGGUCCGCCGCCCGGUCCGCCGCCGGGUCUUCGGCACUCCCCAACCGCCGCUGGACCGCCACCUAAGGGAGGCGCCCCAGCCGGAUUGCGACCCGCGUGUCCUGUCAAUAUUCCGCCACCCAACUUCAACAGCAUCGGGGGCCCGAGAGCAAGCAACCCCGGAUUCAGCCAGCCCAUGCCGUUUGAGGGACCUCCGAGAUUUGAUCAGCGCUUUGAGCGUCCGCCUCUGUUUCAGCCACCUCCGCACCGCUUUGACAGUCCACCUAGGUUUGCCCAACCAGGGACGCGCUUUGACGGAACACCUCGGUUUGAUCAACCCCACCCGCGCUUUGACGGACCGCCCCGUUUGAACCAACCCGGGUCGCGUUUUGACGGUCCGCCCAGAUUUGACCGUCCGCCUCCGCUCCCUUUCGACAAGCAGUCUAGAUUCGACCAGCCCCCGAGACAGGCUGGCCCGCAGCCUCCCACCGAAGGCCCCCCGGCGCCGCCACCGAGGCAGGAAGAGCCCCCGCCCCAAGCCAAACAAGGCCCCGCGCAAGCCGUCAGUGGCCCGUCUUCGUUAAAAUCGGUUGAACUGCCUCCAACUGACGAACAAACGAGUAAAACAAAAUUUGGUCAUGCAACCGCUGACAAAGACAUGACGGAUGACACACUGGACAGUGUUGGAUUUUUUAUUCCCAGCGAACCAAUUCCUCAAACCCAAAUUACAAGCACAGAGGAGGAUGAUUCCAUGGACAUUUGUAACUCACCCAAACAAGUCGACGGCAAUCCAGCACAGUCCGCUGCUACUCCUACGGAAUCGAAACAAGCUACCUCGCAGGAUUACCCCAAACCGAAAGGCUCUGCAAUAAACAACACCGCUUCUUCUGUCGCCUCCCAAAAACAAGAGGAGAAGCAAGCGCCUGCACAAUUGCAGUCGAGGCCCCAACAUGUUGGUCCUCCCCCGGCAAGAGGACGGGGUCAGCCCCUGGGGCCUAUGCUAGGUCGUGGGGGAGGACACGGGCAGAGGGGACGUGUAGACUUCGGCGGACAAAACAGCGGCCCACCUGAGAAGGAGUCGGACGAAAUGCGUCAUGAAUUUCUGCCUCCCGAGGAAGAAUUUUACGAGGUGCCGGAGCAAGAGGACUACGAAUGGCAGGGGCCACCGUAUGAGGAGUUUGGUGGUGAGGCGCCUGAGGAACCGGGUGAAGAAAUUUGGAUUCCAGAGGACCAUCACUUUGAGGCAGAGGAGGAGUAUUAUGAAGAACCAAUGCAAGGACCUCCUAGGAGGAGAGGUGCGCCGAUGAUGAGAGGGCGGCCUAUGACCCGAGGAGGUGCACCGCUGGGUUUAGAAGGACCGCCCAUGGGAAGAGGAGGACCGCCAAUGGGCCGAGGGGGACCGCCAAUGGGCCGAGGGGGGCCGCCAAUGGGCCGAGGAGGACCGCCAAUGCACAGAGGUGGACCGCCCAUGGGCAGAGGUGGGCCGCCCAUGGGCAGAGGUGGGCCGCCCAUGGGCAGGGGAGGUCCGCCCAUGGGCAGAGGAGGACCGCCCAUGGGCAGGGGAGGACCGCCCAUGGGCAGGGGAGGUCCUCACCUGGGUAGGGGCUGUCCGCCCAUGGGUCGAGGCGGCCCGCCCAUGGGUAGAGGGGAAGCUAUGAACAGUGAAUGGGAAGAAUCUGAGCCGGCUGAGUACCAUGAUGAAGAUGAAUCUUGUUGGGGAAACGGGGGUCCUCCAAUGAGAGGGAUGAGACCUCCAUUUCCGCCUGGCCGCGGUCGACGACCGCGCGGCCAUCCUGCUUUCAUGCCGGGGAGAGGACGCCUGCCGCACUUUGCGCACGGGCCACCGGAUGAAGAGCCAUUCGGCUACAAUAUGGACUCUGGCGAUAUGGACGAGUCGGGUCCUUACAUGUACCGCGGUGAGGAUCCUCACAACUUAAUGCGCUCGGGAGUAGGGAGAGGCAGGUGGCCGCCGCCGCCUCACGAAGAAAUGGAAGCCGGCGAGGAAUCGUUUUAUCGAGACGAGAUGGAGUCCGAGCAGGAUUGGCGGCCACCCUACGGCCGACGUCCUCCGAUGCCGCACGAGAUCAUCGAAAGGGGCGGUGAAAUGAGAGGGGGGCCUAUGGGUCGGGGAAGGACAAGAGGUGCCAUGCGGCCAGGUGCGCCACACCAAGAGGAAGAUGGAUACGGUUACGGUUUCGUUGAGGACUACGGCCACGGAGAAGACGACCAUCAGCGGAGGCCGCCUCGUCUUGACGACCCUCGACGCGACGGCAGGUUCUUUGACCCCGAAUGGGAAAGAAAGCGUUCUCCGCCAGCCAGGGACGAUCCGGCCCCAGAGCAUUACCGUGAUGACGGCUGGCUUGAGGAAAGAGACCGAGGUCCCCCGCAUCCAUUUGAGGAGCACGACCGUCGAAGAGGCGAUAUCAGAGUUCGCGAUUACACGGACGAAGCGCCGUCGCGAUCGGAAGAUCCGGCGCAUCCUCCGGAUUGGAAUCGUCCUUCUACAUUUGACCCCCCAACAGAGAGAAUCUUCGCCCCCUUCCGUGACCACAGAGACGAACCCCCGCUUCAAAAUGAACCCGGCGAAAACCGGCCGGCGAGUUCGGCCGACCAACAGGGAGGGAAUGUGCUCGCUCUUUCCCAGCGGCAGCAUGAAAUAAUCUUAAAGGCUGCCCAGGAAUUAAAACGCAUGAGGGAACUGCAAGACGUGAAGACCGAUACCGCACCUCGGCCGACACUCGCCGACCCUUUACCUGACCUCCCUGCCGGGCUCCUGGGUUUGGAGAUCCCACCCGAAGUCAGAAAUGCACUCAAGGUAAGCAUUCAAUUCAUUGGCAAAGAACCCGUCACGUCGCGACCGCUCCUUGAAACAUUCCAAUUGACCCGAUCCAAUGUGUCACAGGGCAUGACCACCGCGUCUGUUCAGGCGGCUAAAACGCAGUCUUGGGAUGCGAGUCCCGCCACGUCUGGGCCGACCGUCAUUCCAAAGACUGUGGAUUACGCCCACGGACAUGAACCCGGUACCACGGUGGAGAAGAUCGCUUACGGUGAGAGGAUUGUGCUGAGGCCCGACCCGGACAGGGGAUACGAAAAAGAACCUCUGCGCGAGCCUUACGGCAGAGAUCCCUAUUACGACAGACGACCCGACCCUUACCCGGACCGCCACGAGUACAGCCGAGAGAGAGAAUUCUACCGAGAAAAACCUCCGGCAGAAUAUGAAAGGGAACGAUUCGGAAGGGAAAGAUACCCUCCGAGGGAUCGAGAUGAAAGCUCACUAAUGACGCUUGACGAAAGGCCCCCUCAUCGUCCGGGCUACCGGGAAAGAGAACACGACCUUCGAGAGAGGGACCGAAGCGGCAGCCGCGAUCGGGAAGAUCCUUUCGGAAGGCCCGCCUACGAAAGGCCCGCCCCCUACGAGCGCCCCGGACACGACCGGCUCGGGCCCGAGCGCUACGGCCAUAGCUCCUCCCCUUUUGACCGGAGAGGUUACCCGGAGGACCGCGGGCCCCCCUCCUCCGCACUGCCGCUCGCGCAGCCGGCGCCGCCCGCGGAGAAGAAGCCCGAGAUCAAAAACGUGGACGAUCUUCUCAAACCCCCCGGCAGGCUGUCGCGGCCCGAGAGGAUUGUCAUCAUCAUGAGGGGCCUGCCGGGGAGCGGAAAGAGCCACGUCGCAAAGCUCAUACGAGAUAAGGAGGUGGACUGUGGCGGCGCCCCACCAAGAGUUCUGGUUUUGGACGACUAUUUCAUGACCGAGGUUGAGAAGAUUGAGAAAGACCCGGAUACGGGCAAAAGGGUCAAAAGGAAGGUUCUCGAGUACGAAUACGAGCCGGAGAUGGAGGACACCUACCGCAGCAGCAUGCUGAAGACCUUCAAGAAGACUCUGGACGACGGCUUUUUCCCUUUCAUCAUCUUGGACACCAUCAAUAACCGGGUCAACCACUUUGAUCAGUUCUGGAGCGCCGCUAAGACCAAAGGUUUUGAGGUCUACAUCGCCGAAAUCGUGGCCGACACCCACACCUGCGCGAAGAGAAACGCCCACGCGCGCACCCUGAAGGACAUCGCCAAGAUGUCCAACGGCUGGGAGUCCACGCCUCGCCACAUGGUCCGAUUGGAUGUGCGAGCCCUGCUGCAGGACGCCGCCAUCGAGGAGGUGGAAAUGGAAGACUUCGACCCCGAGGAUGAGCCCGAGGAAGCCAAGAGAGAGGAGGAAGAAGAGGGCGAUCUGGGCUACAUUCCAAAAAGCAAAUGGGAGAUGGACACGUCGGAAGCAAAACUGGACAAGCUGGACGGUUUGGGGAGCGGCAGCAAGAGGAAGCGCGACGGCGAUCACGUGGCGGGCGGCCUGGAGGACUUCCUUCAGCUGCCCGACGACUACGCCACUCGCAAGUCUCAGCCGGGAAAGAAGAGGGUGCGAUGGGCUGAUCUGGAAGAGCAAAAGGACGCCGAUCGCAAACGGGCGAUCGGCUUCGUGGUGGGCCAAACGGACUGGGAGAAAAUCACCGACGAUAGCGGGCGGCUCGCGCAGAAAGCCCUCAACCGUACAAAGUAUUUCUGAAAGAUCAUCUUGAAGCCCUUUUAGGGCUUUGUUUUCCACAAAGGUCUCCGAACCGUAAAAACACGAGACUCUUCAAUCAAUUCUUGAUUUUUCUUUGACAAGGACAGCUCCACUUUUUUUUCCUUUCUUAAAUAGGUUUAGGUCAUCCUUCAAGUAGUUCUUGUGUAUUCAGAUGUGAUUUCUUGAUGUUUUAUAUCUGUAAGCUGUUGGUUUGUCAAACCAUGUCGACUGUAAGAAAACAAUAAAAAUUUCACACACUCGAA